GAUCUAUAUUGGUUCACCGUUUGAGGUUAAAUCGACGAAAAAGAUUUCCGUGGAUUCUCAUCCGCUUCAGAUGGAAACGGCAGCGCAAGAAAUCUUGACGGAUAAAACUAUCAAUCCAGUGUUCCAGAGAGCCUAUAAUGUCAGAGGAUGGGUCAAUACUCGCGCUUACGAAAUAAAGCACGAAAUGGCGCUGGGUGAGAGAAAACCAUUUGAUGAGGUUGUAAUACAUUAUGGAGACCCUCAUGCAUUUGGACAGUCACCUAUCACCUUUGUAAGACAGUGUUUAGCCUGCCUCCUUUGUCCACAAUUUCUCAAUGACCCACAAUUCCCAAAGGAUGUAAAGGAAAAGGCUCGCAGAAUCCUCAAAGCAACACCAGGUUUUGCCAUAAGUAGGUAUACCAGUCCUCUUGGUUCACAAAUCAUUCGUGAGGAUGUAGCCAGAUACAUUUCGAGAAGAGAUGGUUACCCAGCUGACGUUGAUGACGUCAUUUUAAUUAAUGGAGGGGCAAUAGGAAUUCAGAUAGGCCUAGCAUCGCUUGGUACUGAUAUGCCGAACGGCAAACUUAAGCCAGGGCUUAUGAUUCCCAUUCCAGGUUUUCCUCAGUACAAUUCCAGGAUUGUAGAAUUCAACCUCUACGAGAUCCCUUAUUAUUUGGAAGAAGAAAAUAACUGGUCUUUUAACAUCGGUGAAAUGAAGAAAGCCAUAGAUGAGGCCAGGCCGCACUGUGAACCAAGAGGACUGGUACUGAUUAAUCCUGGUAAUCCUACAGCUCACUUCCUCACCUUGGCUUCCUCGAUAGCUUUUUGUGGAAGACGAAUUCUGGGAAAAGCAUACAAGGCACCAAUUACUUCAUUACACGUCACUCCUUCUAAAGAAUUCAACAUUGCAGUGCGUAAUAACCUUAACCCAGACGGCUUCUAUUGCUGGCAGUUGAUGGAAACAACCGGAAUAGUCCCCACUCCCGGAGAAAAUUAUGGACAAAAGGAAGGAACAUACCAUUUUAGAUUGACAAUUCUACCCUCUGAAGAAAAAAUUGCUCCUAUGUACGAAAGGCUGAGCAAGUUUCACAAGGAAUUCAUGGACAAGUACAAGGACAACAAAGAAAACUAAUAGUGAUUUCAAACUGAGAGCUCGUUUUUUGUUGAGUAUCUCUAUAUUUUUUCCCUGCACUUUUAACUCAUUUCACGGCCAGUUCAAAGAGCAUUGUGCUCCAAUUACUGAGUUAUUACAGCAUUCCUGUACAUGUUGCAUAUAGUGAAGUGUAUAACAUAUUACUUAGCUCAUCUGCA